AUGGACGAGGACGAGCCGGCAGAAGUAGCGCGCUCUGCAACAGCAGAAAUUUUCGAACCGGUCAUCCAGGCCCAGGUGAAGGCAGACAAGCCAAAGGAGAUUUCCCCGAAGCCGACGGCGCCAAAUGGGAAGCCAGGGAAGCCCCGACAGACGUCGACCUUGUCCGACGGGCGAGGAGGCUCUCGACCGCAGGACAGGGACGCCGCUUCUCGCCCGACAACUGCCCCGAGCAAAAGUUCUUCAAAGGCCAGCCGAAGCCCACAAGAAAAGUCUCGUUGGGUCGCGCCCGAUUUUGCCUCGGUGUCCAUGUUGUCGCCACGAAACCUGGAGGAUGCGCUCGCUGAGCGCGCUUUUGCCGAACAGCCGUCACGCCAGUGCAUUGGGCUGAGUGAGGCCGUGGUACGUGAUGUGGUGAGUGUGACUGUGCGGGACAUCGUCGGCAUUUUUGAGUCGCUUCUCGACCGCUUGCUGACCGAGAAGAAGAUGGAGACGAUUCGAAGCAUGGUGGUGGAGUUCAUGACUGAAGACAUCUCCGCAACCAUUGCUGCCGGCCAAGAGGAGCUGAAAGAGCAAGAGAUCGGCCACGUUCUGCAGGACAUGCGCGACCUGCGCAGCCAGGUGAACGAGACCGAGGAAGCCUGGGAGCAGCGGUUCGAGAAAGUCAGCCAGCUCGAGAGGGCCCUCGACAGCUUCAGCGGGGAUGCUGACGAUCGAUUUGCAAGCCUUGAGGCACGCUUGCGUGAGUUGGAGAGCGCCUCAGUGCGACACGAGGAGCUCGAUGAGAUCAGGAAGGACAUCGCUCACGACAAGGGCGAGAAGACGGAUGCAAUCAACGAACUCUUCUCCAAGGAUGAAGAGACUCAGGCACAGUUGCAGGAGCUGCAGAACAACGUGUCCAACAGCUUAGCCACCAAGAAAGAAGUGCAGGAGGCACACAAUCAGGUCAUGGAGGAGCUGCGCCAGUCGUCUGACGAUGUCAACGAGACUCUGAAGGAGCUGCAAAGCAACGUCGCCUGGCACACUGACGUCGAGGACCUGGACAUGAGGCAACGUCAGAAGAUCUCUUCCGUGCAGUCUGAUGUGACCAAGGCACACGACGGGCUCAAAGCGUUUGGGGACAAGCUCGACCUUGCGCAGCAGCAGAACCAUGAGGUCUUUGCCAAAAACGUGCAGGUCAGGGAGAUGUUCUCGCAGUAUGGCGAGCUCAUGGAGGAUCUGGAGAAGCGCCUUAGUGAGGAGCAGCAGAAACUGAACCAGCAGAAGGUGGACAAACGAGAUCUCCAAGAAAAGCUGUCCAGCGUUCACGGCCGCCUGGAGGAGCUGAAGGUAGCCGAUGAGAACAUCUCCAAUGGUCUCAAGGAGUUGGCGUCAAUGGUCAGCGACUUGCAGGCAAGGCCAGACUAG